AUGUCAAUCAUACGUUCUAUUCUUAUAUUAUCAUUUGCCAAAUUGAUUUGGACGUGGUCGAACUGUACAAUAUAUCGAACAACGACAACACAGUAUAUACUCGAAACGCCUUUGUGGUUGUACCCAUUCUCGUACUCUGCUUGCGAAACAUGUCCAGCUGGCCUGAUCACGGACGUGAACCAACCUGUCACGUCGCAAACUAAAAAUCAUGACGCGAUAACAAAGUUUGUUGCGCCAUAUUGGGACUGGAAUUUUCAUCGAACGAGGACGGUCACGGUGCUCAUAGACGCUCCUCAGAGUACAGAAUCUCAGGUUCAGACUUGGGCUGCACAGCCUUUCUAUAGGUUGGGCAGCCCUGUUACGGAAGACGAUCAAAUAAUUUACACCUAUUGUUAUGAACGUAUCAUCGAAUACACGGUGGUGGAAGGCUCAGAUGAUCAGGUUGCUCAGUCGAUCACGAUGAGGACGACGACAACAGUAACAUCAACUGUCACGGACUCAUGCAGCUCGGUGCAGGGAACAUCACAAGCGCCUGGAGGGGGACCUAUACCUGUCCAAACAUCAGGUCCUGGAGAAGCACUGUCGCAAGUUCAAGGACCAAUGACUGGGACUGGGCCGUCUGCAAACGUACGACCGAGCGGCAAUUUAUCUUCCAUUCCUUAUUUCAGCAUGAACAACCCUCCUCCUCCAUCUAAGGGUCAUGCUAGUAAUAGACCACCAGUCGGGCCAGGGCCCAAUAACGCCAGCGGUUCCAUCCUUCCAGGAACGUACUCUAGCGGGGUUCCCAGUACUGUUGCAUCGGCUGGAAACAGCGGCCCGACCACUAAUCCAUCUAAAGGUGCUGCGAGCCCAGGGUCCAGCAGUAUCAACAGUCAUCCUUCUUCCACACAACAAACUCCAUCAAUCGAUGCCAAGUCUUCAUUCUCGUCAAGCCCCGCUGCAGCAAGCCCAUCAAAUUCAUUUCCGUUGGUUGGGAUCACCAACCCUCCCUCUGGUACGUCUGGCAACGGGGUGAACUUGCCUUCAAGCGGUCCUUACGUUUCUACUCCAGAUACAGUCAUACCUACACUUUCUGUUCAAAGCAAUUCCAGUCCCACAAAAUCGACUUCAUCUCUCUCUGCAAGCUCUACGAAUGGAGACCGAGUAUUUCAACUUUACAUUCUCAACGAUGUGCCUGGCUUGGAUCAGCUUGCUGUUGGUGAAAAUGGCUAUGGCGACUUGGUUGUUGGCGGUGUUAUUGAAGCUACUAUCCUUACUAUCAACAGGGCCUCGAAUAUGACAGACUUGGAUGGCAAUUUUGUCUUUUUUGUUCCCAAGGGCAAUGCCUUAAAGGCUCGAAAUCGUCGAGCUUUCACAGACGAUGAUCCAAAGCUACAAUAUUCACCAAAUCCACCUCCAGAUGCAAUUACCUCAGGUUUCAACUUGAACGAUAUCACGUUGUCCGCAGGUACUGCUGGCCGCAAUUAUACUUUCUAUACAUGCAGUACAUCUCCACAGGCUCAACCAAUUUACGUAGCACAAGUUGGAAAGACGCCAGGAAGCUGUUAUAGUUUCGAUCUUGUCACAAUACCGCCGCCCCUCAAUGAUACAAACACAACAGCUACUUUCAAUCAGCCAAGUUAUACAGCGCCGUUGUCGCCUCCCAUCGCAAGCAAUUUGCUUACUUCAGACACAAAUCUGCCCUCUAGCUCUAGUCCAAGUAACUCGAAGAGUUCCUCUGCAAGCAUCCUCUCAGGCGUUCCACUCACGGCUACACCACCGGGACCUGGAUCCUCAACCGACCGUAACGCUGCGCCAUCUGAUGUUAGCGGCACAUCUUCCUCGACAACGCUUGGGGCAACGGUAUCGCCAACUAUCGUACAAAAUCAAGGCAAAUACAGGAACCAGGGACUCUUCAACAGUCCUCGUGGAGCCCAUAUCCUUAAUGGUGACUCAUACACAGACCCAAGUGGCAUGACAGUGGAUGCUUGUAGUUCACAUUGCUCAGCAUAUAUUUACUUUGGAGUACAAAAUGGUAACAUAAUCAACGAGAACGUGAUACAUGCUUCUGUGGAAACACUCUUGACAAUCAAUCAAUACUAUCGUCAGAUCAGUCAGGUGGCUCUGACAUACCGUGCACCGCGUCAUUACCUCGAACAGUUGGACCUUGACGACGCCAAGGCAGUCGCCAUCACCGAGCGUCGUGCAAAACCAAGGUAG